CAUUCGUUUACAAUUAUUUACAGCAUUAGUAUAACUUUAGUGACCAAUUUGGUAUUCCAAAAGGCAGCAACAAUAAGGAGUGUGUUUGAACUUUUAGCUUUCACUGUGUUUGUCUUUCUUAUUGACCAAAGCAAAGGAAUUUAAGUUUCAUGGCUUUCUUUCGUGCGUUUGCGUCUCAGUUAGCAAUAUCGCAACAUGUUUUGCAGAAAACCCCCUGUGCAAUAGCAAUAAUCUCCAGAAGUUCCUCAAGUGCCACUGACCUGAAGUCUCUCCUAGCUGAGAAAAUCCAGGAGCAGCAAGUGUAUGUAAAAAGUUUUCGAGAACAGUAUGGAAGUAAAGUAAUUGGAGAGAUAACUGUUGACCAAGUAUAUGGAGGAAUGAGAGGCAUCAGAGGCUUGGUAACUGAAACUUCAUACUUGCAUCCAGAGGAUGGUAUUAAAUUUCGAGACUUCACAAUACCUCAGAUCAAGAAGUUGCUACCCAAGUCUCCUGGAGGAAAUGAACCUCUUCCAGAAGGAUUGUUCUGGCUCCUUCUUACAGGAGAAGUACCAUCAGCUGAGGAGGUGAGGUCUGUGUCCAAAAUGUGGGCAGAAAAAGCUGAAAUACCACCUCACGUAGUAACAAUGCUCAACAAUUUUCCUGCACACCUUCACCCGAUGUCACAGUUCACUGCUGCUAUCAUGGCUUGUAAUACAGAAAGUAAAUUUGCAAAGGCUUAUGCUGAUGGAGUUUCUAAGAAUAUGUACUGGGAGUACACAUUUGAUGAUGUCAUGAAUCUGAUUGCUAAACUCCCUCCAAUCGCUGCUACUAUUUACAAGAACUUGUACAGGAAUGGGAGUCCGAUAAGUGCAGUCGAUCUCGAAAAGGACUGGUCAUCCAACUUUACUUCCAUGCUUGGUUAUGAUAAUCCUGAUUUUACGGAACUGAUGCGGCUAUAUAUUUCCAUUCACAGUGACCAUGAAGGAGGAAAUGUUAGUGCUCAUACAGUACAUCUUGUUGCUAGUGCCCUCUCUGAUCCAUACAUAUCAUUUGCAGCAGGUAUAAAUGGUCUUGCUGGACCUCUUCACGGGUUAGGCAGCCAGGAAGUACUUGAAUGGCUGACUGAAUUGCAUAAUGAUCUUAGUUCUGAUGCUACAGAGGCACAGUUGAAAGACUUUGUUUGGCAGACCUUAAAAUCUGGACAGGUAGUUCCUGGAUUUGGUCAUGAUGUGUUACGACGAACAGAUCCACGGUAUACUGCACUGCGAGAAUUUGCCUUAAAGCAUCUCCCUGAUGACCCUAUGUUUAACCUUGCAAAUAAUCUUUAUAGAAUAGUUCCUCAGAGUAUUCUGGCUCUAGGCAAAAUAAAGAAUCCUUGGCCUACUGUUGAUGGUCUCAGUGGCGUAUUGCUUCGAUACUAUGGAAUGAAAGAGAUUCACUACUAUACCGUACUUAUUGGAGUAUCCCGAGCACUUGGUACAAUGGCAUCACUUGUAUGGGAUCGUGCUCUUGGACUGCCUAUUGAACGACCCAAAUCUAUGACCACAGAUGGACUCAUGAAGCUUGUUGGUGCAGUUUAAAAUAACUCUGACAUUUUUAGAUGUUUCUUUGGCUUACUUAGCAUUCCAGUUGUUGUGGAGAAAAAAAUUAAAUAUGGAAACUAAAACCACUGCAACAUCUUUAAACAAAACACAUGGUGCCCACCUAAAACAAAGUAUAUCAAAUAAUAUAUAUAUCUGAAAAUAUUUUAAUUUUUGUGCAUUUAUUUUGUGUUUAUUAGAACAUGAUCGUUAAGGUAUCAGUUUUAAUUUGUUUAACAAGGUUAUAAGUUUUAAAGUGGAAAUCAGCCUUUGUUAUAACAAUCGUUGAAAGUAGAUUGCUCCUAAUAUUAAUCUUUGAAAAAGUAGAAUUGUUUAUUUUAUCUGGAAGUUAGAAAUGUAAGUGAUGUAUUUACUCGGCAUGGGACGAAAGUACUGUAAGUAAUGAGGGGAGGGACUGUGAGAUCUAUCCUAUCUUUGACAAGACCAGGGGAAUGAACUGUACCUUGUGUUUCUCUUUUGCAAAAAUACAGGAUUUUGGUGA